AUGUGUUUAUCUCGAAAGGAUUGGGGGAAUGAAUCGAAAAAAUCAGAUGAAUGGUUUUCAUCCUUACAGUACUUGCAUUGUAAUAUAAAUGAUUUAUCAAUUUCUGAAUCUUUUUUAGAUCCAGGAAGUGAGUUCGGAUCUUUGAAUGAUUCGACAAUUAAUGCCCUGGGGUGGGAAGCUGACAACUUAUCUAACUUCAAUAUAAAAGGUAGCUCUAAACAUAUCACUGAAUCACUGGGAUGGUUUACGGAUGUGCCAGUCAGUAUAAAAGAUAAGAAUGGUAAAACCGUCACAGCUACUGGAAAUUUUACUCGUAUUGAUAAUGGUGAACCCAAACCAAUGUUAUGUUUAGGUAUGACAUGGAUUCGAAAAGUUCAAGGUAUUCUCGAUCCAAAUAAAAACCAAUUUCAAAUAAAGUUACAUGGUAAAUCUUAUAUUAUUCCAACAUUCAGCAAGGCCCCAAUAGCAAAGGAUCCACCAAAAGAUAUAGAAACGUCAGAAGCAUUGGAUUCCAAUUUAUCUAGUGAAGAGUUUAAAAAAAAAUAA